AUGCCGAUGCGACGAGAUCAAUACUACAGCAGUGUCCGAGAGCGGACUCCGCUCUUGCGUCGCAUUACCGAAGAACCUGGAUCACUGCUUCGCGGUUCUAUUUCGAGUGCCUUGGAGGGACUUCGCCAUGAUGAGGAGGCACCCCUUUCGCGAACACGAGGCGGCUUCAUAGUAGCAUCUAUUGGACUACUCAUCUUUUUACAAGCCACAAACAUAUCUAUUCUGACAACAACGCAAUCUGCUAUCGCCGCAGAUCUGGAUGCUUUCGACAAAGUAACAUGGCUCACCUCAUCCUACCUGAUCGCAAUGUCAUCGCUUGCGCCUUUGAUGGGGCGCCUGUCUCAGGUUUUCAGCCCGAGACUCUGCAUGUUCACAUCGGUUGUUAUUAUUGCUGCGGGAACUCUCAUUGUCGCUACCUCGAACACAUUUGAGAUGUUCAUUGUGGGCCGUGUCAUAUCAGGAGCAGGUGCUAGCGGCAUCUUCAUUGUAGCCAGCAUCAUUACCAUUCAGAUGACCAGUCCAGAACGUCGUGGUCUGUUCAUUGGACUUACCAACACUGGUAUGACUGCAGGCAUUUCGCUUGGCGCUGUCAUCGCUGGUGCACUUGAGCCCAAGAUUGGAUGGAAACCGCUGUUUGGAGUUCAAUCUCCAUUGUGCCUUCUCGCAGGAAUCGGGCUCCUCUUGUCGGUUCCUACAAACUACACGUCCAAGGGCAACGCCUACAUGCAGUACUCUCUCAAACAGAAGCUCGCACGGAUUGACUAUUCCGGAGCUCUCCUAUUGAUUGCCACCAUUGUCCUAUUCCUCUUCGGCCUUUCUGGGCCCAGGAUUCUCCCAGAACCACUCAUUCUGUCAGCCUUCGCACUGCCGCUGUUCGUGCUCAACGAGAUCUACGUAGCGAAGGAUCCGGUCAUUCCUGUCACCGUAAUGAGGUCUCGUGGUACACUGCUUACUUGCCUUGCCACCGUCGGCUCCAUGAUGGCAAGAUGGGCUGUCCUCUUCUACACACCGGUGUACGCUAUUGCUGUCCGUAGCUGGGCUCCUGCGGCUGCUGGGUCCAUCCUGAUCCCUACGAACGUCGGCUUUGCAGCUGGCGGUAUCAUUGCGGGUGUAUUCCACAUCAAACGCGAAGGAAGCUUCUACGCGCACAGCGUCAUCGCAAUGGCGAUAUGGCCCAUCACCAUGGUUACCCUUGCACUGGUGUCCACACCGACAAGCUCCUGGGCACUGUACAUGCUGCUCGUGUUCUUGAACGGUCUCAUUACUGGCGCUGCGCUCAACUACACUUUGGUUCAUCUCCUGCACCUAACAAUGCCAGAACUCCAUCCCAUCAUCAUCUCCCUGCUCGCAACUUUUCGUGGCUUCGCUGGUAGUUUCGGCUCGGCGAUUGGAGGCGGGCUCUUCGGGCGUGUUCUGCGUCAAUCAUUGGUGGACGGUUUCGCAGACGCGGGCUUGGAGCACCGCGGUGACCUAGUGAGGAAGUUGUUAGGCAGUCCAGCGCUUGUGGGUAGGCUUGAAGGCACAGAGAGAACGAUUGCCGUCGGCGCGUACCAGGACGCUAUCAAAGCUUUGUUCUUCGCUGCCACUGGAUUGGCGAUUGUAGUCACGUUCGUGCAGGCUUGCACAGGCUGGAGGUCGCCAGUACCAAAGACUGAGCAGGAACCUGAGGAGAUCAUUUCGGGUGAAGAGGGAGUGAUUGGAGGAACAUGA